CAUGGUUAGGAUUUUGGGGCUUGAGAAUUCUAGAAACAUGUUUUGGGUUUAACUCUUUAUAUUGGUGCUAUCUGGAUCAGGGUUUUUGAAUCUUCUGGAAACGUCCAGGGAAAUUUGAUCCAGGAGCUUAUUCUAAAUAUUACUAUUCAAAGAAGUCCUUGAAAUGUGAAAUAUAACUCUGUAAUAAAAAGUAAAUUACUCAUUAGAAAAGAUUCUGAAUUAAUGAACAAAGAAGUCAGGCAAUGGAUCUUAUUAGAUGUAUGUAUGGCAGGAUUUCCUCUCAUUAACCUAUUUGUUUAAAACUGAAACUAGGAACCAAGGAGAUGGCUGAGACCAACCCCAAGACUGUGCAGGAUCUCACAUCAGUGGCCCACACAUUAUUGCAACAGAUGCAAGUUAAAUUUAAGACUAACCAGAUCACUGGAACAACUGAUGACAUGUGUAGUCGCAUUGAUGAUCUAGAGAAAAACAUGGCAGACCUCAUGACAUGGGCUGGGGAGGAAGAACUGGAAGGUGAAAAUAAGAUACCUGACACACAAAAGAGUUGAAGGUUGCUAAUAAUUUAUGAUGAGAUUUGGAACACCAUUUUUACAAGCCAAGAAAAGGCCAAAUGGCUUUUUGCAAUCAUUACGUGUAGAUAGGUUUUAUAUCAUAAAGUGUGUGGCUAUAGUAUUGCAUCAAUCCAUCUCAUUGAGGGUUUCCCUCGUUUUCUCUGGUCCUCUACUUUACCAAACAUGAUGUCCUUUUCUAGCGACUGGUAUUUCCUGAUGAUAUGUCCAAAGUAAGUGAGCUAAAGUCUUGCCAUCCUCACUUCUAACACACAUUCUGGUUGUAUUUCUUCUAAGACUAUUUGUUCAUUCUUCUGGAAGUCCACACCAUACUCAAGGCUCUUUGCCAACACCACAAUCUGAAUGCACCCGUUUUUCUUCUGUCUUCCUUGUUCAUUGUCCACCUUUCACAAGCGUAUGAAGUGGCUGCAGAUACCGCGGCUUGGGUCACUCCAGAAUAGUAGACAAGUCUCCCUCCAUCCUCAGUUUAGGGGAUUCGAAUAAGUUUUAUUACAACAAAUGAGUGCUAGUCUGCCAAGCAGC